CGCCCAUCUGCAUCAAUGCAUCAUCGUCGAUGCCCUUGAAUUUUACGUACUCCCACUGUCUCUGGCUAUAAUAUACAACCAGCUCUCGAUACAUGCCUGAGGCGACGGCGUAUUGAUACUCUUUCUCGCUGAGCAGCCUCCAACACAGACAGUGCAGCCCAGAACAAGGCAUGGAACGGGAUCUGUAACGUGUGCCAUCUGAUUGCCACUGGAACUUCGAUGUCUCUGUGUAUGAGCAAUCCCGACGUGUCCUGCUUGCAGCAUUCCUCAGCGAUAGAUCGGCUUAGCCGCUCAUCGUGGCUCACGUAUGAUGGAGUAUCAUGUUGCGCUACGUGUCUCAAGCGGACAGAUGGCUAUUGUCAGGCGCAAAGUCCCAUUGUAACAUGUGAUCGCACACUCUAUCUGCGUUCUCCUGCCACUUGUCUGGACGUAGCCGGGACGCAUUGUGGUCGAUCGCAUCAAUCCAUCGGGACCGCCUACCACCCGUUUAUGAUCCCUCGCGCAACCCGCGAUGUUGCCAUCAUCUGUGAUUGCCGCUGCGACUGGCGUGCCGCUGCCUUCCGACGUCAGUCUCAAGUGCACAUAUGCAGCUCGAUGAUACCAACGAUGCACGGUUACGGGUGCGCAGGCAUUUGCCAACUCGACUUUUCGCUCACUCCACUUUUCGCUCUGGGUGCUCGCAUCUGCUCAUCACUGUGGACCACCCGUGCGGGUUCCACCCAUUGAAUCACCGGUCUACCUGAAUGCAGGCUCUCCGAUCACCGUCUCUGGCUGACCCAUUUGAUGCGCGAAAUUAGCCAUGAGCUCUGAAAAUUUACAUGGACGGUUGCAGCCUCUACGCGCGCGAAAUGACGAUCAGCGCGUGUAUUAGAAUUAGCAUGUUGAAGUCAAUGCGUUCAUGCUUCUAGAGCACCUUCAUCCACGGAUUCUUGUCCUCA